AUGUAUCGUGUCAAGACGUGUUUCACGUGGUUCACGAUUGUAGUGAUUUUGACAAAAUCCCGAACACAGUCAUUGCGCAAAACUGGCGGCUCGAAGUUCGAAGGAUUUAUUGUAGGAGGAAGGUUUGCUAAGAUUGAGGACCAUCCACAUUCAGCGUAUUUAUCUAUUCAGUGCCUUCAAGAAACGUUCGAGGAAUUUGCUUGCGGAGGGUCAAUUUUGAACCAGGUGAUGUUACUAACAGCGGCGCAUUGCUUCGCCGACUGCAGACCCGGCACUAGAACAACAGUAGCCGUGGGUGACGCGAACAAAAACCGCAAACAGUUCUUCCAGGUGACCACUUUUACGAUUCAUCCCCAAUACGAUGGAUUGUUGAUGAAAAACGACAUUGCCUUGGCCAUGCUAGCGACACCUUUGGUGUUCAACAGAGCAGUAAAAAGAGUAGUUCUGAGCAAAACUGGGAUCUACGAUAAACCAGCUACGCAAGCUGGAUGGGGUGUCACAGAUGAAAAACGUGAAACAGAAGCAAUAUUCUUAAAGACCACGAGGCAAAAAGUAUAUUCACGAAACCAGUGCAAGACUAUGUUGCCGCAGUUGGCGGCAGGGUUCAUUUGUGGAACCGGAUAUAAAGACGCGAAGGACUACGGUUACGCUGCGGUGGGUGACUCCGGCAGCGCUUUGGUUGUCCUAGGGUACAUACAAAUUGGCGUUGUAUCCCACAAGAUAACGGAUGUCUCUGCGAGUCUUAUUGUCUAUACUGAAGUGCCAUAUUACUACAAUUGGAUUGCAACUGCAACUAGGGCCCUUUUUUGUAGAUAUUCAAUUAAGCAAUCUUAAGACUUGGCAAAGGGGAUGCAACCAUAGAAUAUUUUAGAGUAAAAUUUACUUUUGUAGGAUAAAAA